AACCAAUCAACAAUGACGCCUCACGACUCAAACGAAAUUCCUUCGUAAAUGAUGGUAAUGAUGAUAUGUUAAUUAACAAGCUGUCACGAGAGUAUCUGACCCCAAACCUUUUUGAUUCGACGGCAACUUCAUGCAAUAAUUUGAACAAUGAUGUAGAAAGCAGUAUUAUGAUUGAAGAUAGUUUGAAAAGUCUGUUAGACUUCACUUGUACUGAUCUUUGUCAACUGGCAAUCUUAAGUAACAUCUACAAUCACUUAAAAUGCUCUCAGGCAGACAAUUACAUGCGGAGACUUCGUCGCAAUAAUUUGGAUUUGUUUGGAAAAGAAGAUUUAUUUUUACCAGUUCGAGGAAGACGAAUAUUGCCGGCGCCAAAUCAGAUUAGAGCUGAGAAGAAGGGUCGAUUUGAUAUUUUACAAAGUGAACUCUUUCUGCCUCAUCGAGGUCGACGUGACAUGACACCAAAGAAAUUUAUUAAUCUCGGAACAAAACGUAAUGACAUUGAGUUCAACGAGGAUUAUUUCGUUCCAAAUCGUGGUAAACGACAAGCACAAAUUGACGAAGAGCUUUUCUUGGAUAAUUUUUUCCCGCAACGCGGUAAGAAAGUAAUUAUCCAAAACUCACACAUGCCAUUCGUAAAAUAUCCCAGAGACCGGUGGUUAUUUCGAAAUAUUAACUCGGAUGUCAGCAACAUGAUUGAUCGGCCAAAACAAGAUUUAAAUCUGCUUGGGAGCGAGGCAAAUAAAGACAUCACAGUAACUGCAUUGCCGACGUUGUAUGAGAUGAGAGAAAAGGCAAUUCCAGCGUGGAAGAAUAAACCGACGAUGGACCAACAAACGGCGAUGAUCUUCAACCCAUUCAAUGAUGAGUUUACAGAAUCUGAUGGUGAAGCGACUAACUUAAUUUUAACUAACACGCCCCACAUUGAUGUUCCACCAAAUGGCUUCACCUCUAAGUAGAUUCAACUAAAGUAUAAGUUAUGAUGAAGAGAAAUUAAAUGUGCAGACGUCAAUUUAUGUAAAAGAUGAUCAGCAUUAAGGCGACCCAUCCUCUCCAUUCAAACAUAACAUGAAGGAAGACAACAACAUCAAAAAAAUAAAAAGCAAAAUCAUCGUUUCAUCGAAGCAAAAUCUCUAAAAAUAUGUUUCAAGCUGUGGUGUGUGACUGAUACGUAUUGUCAGAUCCAUUGAAGAUGCAUUCAGGAAUAAAAUAUUAUUCGAUGGCUGAUGAAUGCAUUUUUGCAUGUCUGACGAUCAAAAUGAGUCUUUUUAUUUAUUCACAUUCGCACAAAUAUUGCAAAUGAUGUACAGAUUAAAGACAUAUAGAAGAAAAAUAUAUUUACGGAAGAUAAUAAAUGCUGAAAAGUCAUUUAAAGC